UUACUCUCUCACAAACUAUCUUCUUCCAUUCAUUCUCACUUCACAACCUCUUCUUCAUUUAUUAAUUUUUAGGAAAUGUAUUAUGAUGAAAUGGCCUUUAUUGCUUAUAAUAUUUUCUCUCGUGUCCAUUGCCACCUGUGCUGUGUCCAUCAAAUUCUAAGGCUCCCUCUUUGAUAUUUGUUCUGAAUUUCAGGCUUUCCAAAGCUUUUUUCAAGCUUUUCCGUUUCAUCCCAACUGAUUGAUUCUUUGAAUACUAACGGCUUUGGUUCGGGAUUUCAGCAUCACCGACCCGAACCGCCAACUUUAUCUUCUCUACCAAACACUUGUCGCAAGAGUUCUUUUAUUGCUGCAAUAGUUUAUUAGAGGGUAAUAAGUUAUUAUAAAGUAUAGACCCUGUCACUCCAAAGUGUUCUGUUUUGGUUUCAGUUUGCUUCUUAAGAUGGCAAAGCUUGCAGUUCCAUCUAUGUUUUCCAUGAGGCACUUUCUGGUGCUCUCGCUGGCUCUCAAUGUGAGCUUGAUCCUGAGAACCACGUAUUAUGAGAGUGAAGAAGGAAGCAAGAGGUUUUGCUUGAAGAAGAAAAUGAUGGCAGAUGCGGAUUCUGAAAGAGAGGGACAUUUUAUCCACAAAGCACGUUUGGCUAUAUCCACUACUUUCUCUCUCGUUAAUUCUACUCGUUCUGGAGGAAAGGAAAGGGUCAUCAACUUGGACCAUGGAGAUCCAACAAUGUAUGAAAGAUUUUGGCGGUUAAGGGGUGACAAGACCACGAUCAUAAUUCCAGGAUGGCAAUCCAUGAGCUAUUUAUCUGAUACAUCAAACAUUUGCUGGUUUCUGGAGGCUGAGUUUGCAAAGGAAGUAGUGAGGUUGCACAAAGUGGUGGGAAAUGCUGUGACAGAAGGUCGCCAUAUUGUUGUUGGGACAGGUUCCUCUCAGUUAAUUCUGGCUGCACUUUAUGCUCUGUCUUCGCCUGAUGCUCAUGAACCAAUCAGUGUGGUAUCUGCCGCACCCUAUUAUUCGUCCUACCCAUCAAUGGCAGAUUACCAGAAAUCAGGCCUUUACAAAUGGGCUGGUGAUGCAGAGAGUUUUGACAAAGAGGGUCCUUAUAUUGAGCUGGUUACUUCUCCCAAUAAUCCUGAUGGAUUUAGAAGGCGAUCAAUGGUCAACCGAAGCCAAGGACUAUUGAUUCAUGACCUUGCCUAUUAUUGGCCUCAAUACACUCCAAUAUCAUCCCCUUCAGAUCAUGAUCUCACGCUUUUCACUGUCUCAAAAAGCACUGGUCAUGCAGGAAUGCGCAUAGGGUGGGCUCUUGUCAAAGAUAAAGAAGUUGCAAAGAAAAUGACUAAAUUCAUAGAGCUAAAUACAAUUGGUGUCUCUAAGGAUUCUCAACUCAGAGCUGCCAAGGUUUUAAAGGCAGUGUCUGACAGCUGCGAACAAGAAAACUCCAAAAAUGAGGAAUCAUUUUUCAAGUACAGCUACAAGCUCAUGGCGCAAAGGUGGAAGCAACUGAGAGAAGUAGUUGAAGCCGGUGAGUUGUUCACUUUGCCCCAAUUUUCUCCUGCAUUCUGCACCUUCUUUGGCCAGGAGAUGGAUCCUCAACCAGCUUUCAUGUGGUUGAAGUGUGAGGGAGAUAUAGAGGACUGCGAAAGCUUCCUUCGAGGACACAAAGUUUUAACAAGAAGUGGGAAACACUUCGGGGCUAGCCCAAAAUACGUAAGAAUUAGCAUGCUGGAUACAGAUGAAACUUUUAUACAAUUAAUAGAUAGACUAUUAGCCAUACAAGAGCGAGAAUGAAAAUUUAUGUUAUCCAUCGUGUAUAUUUAUAACUAAUAAAAGUGGUAGUUUGGAUAUAAUAUUCGCCCGUGCAAUUUUGCUUA